AUGUCAUUCUACGAUGUACUGGCCAUCACUGGGGGAUUUACUCUUGUUUUCUGGCUGCUGAAACUAUGCUGGCCAUGUUUCUGUGCACUUCGACUAUAUGUGUUCUCAGAGCUCUGGCAAGUGGAUUUUAGGAGAUAUGGGCAGUGGGCAGUUGUCACUGGUGCCACAUCUGGCAUUGGCAAAGCUUAUGCCUGUGAGUUGGCACAACGAGGCCUGAAUAUUGUUUUGGUAAGCAGAUCUGAUGAUAAGCUUCACAGGGUUGCAAAAGAGAUAGAGGAUCAAUAUGGAAAAAAGACUCACAUCAUCAAUGCUGACUUCACACAUGGCCACAGCAUUUAUCCUGCUAUAGCCAAGAAACUUGAAGGCUUGGAGAUUGGAAUUCUGGUUAACAAUGUAGGAAUGGUCUAUUCUGAUCAUUUUGCCUAUUUCCUGGAAGUACCAGAUGCAGAAGAGAAAAUCACGCAGGUUAUCAACUGCAACAUGAUGUCUGUCACCCAGAUGACCAGGCUCAUUCUUCCAGGAAUGGUUGAAAGAGGGAUGGGACUGAUCAUCAAUAUCUCCUCUGAAGUGGGCGUUCGUCCACAGCCUUUGUUGAGCCUUUAUUCUGCCACUAAGAUUUUUAUAAUCUAUCUCUCUCAGUGUCUGCAUGCUGAGUACAAGUCAAAGGGAAUUACAGUUCAGUGUGUGGCACCUGCCUUGGUGUCUACCAACAUGACAAGGAGUAUGAACGUCAAAUGUUUAAUGAAGAGUGCUUCAGGGUUUGCACGUGAGGCUUUGAACACUGUGGGGCACUCCAACUACACUAGUGGCUGCCUGUCACUGCAGAACCUGGCUCUGACAAUAAUCCUGCCAGACUGGAUUCGUAUGUCGUCAUUCUUCAUUAGAAAGCUAAGAAAGUUUCCAGAAAGAGAUGAAGACAAAAAGAAAGAUGAGUAUGUAGGGAAGAGGAGAAACGCAGAGAAAAAGUUUUAAGGCUUUCUCACUGACCAUUUACCACAACUCAAAUUAGAACAUGGCAAAAGGGCAACACAAAGGCAUGCAAGACACUUUUUCACCAACUUCCCAUGUUUUGUUAAAAAUCCACUGUGACAACUUGUUUCGAUCCUAACUUGGUCUGAAUCAUCUUGAAUGAGAGUGGACUGGGCAACCGUACAAUCCUUUUUUGAUGCAAAGGCACAAAAAAAAAUCCAAUAUGCUUUUUAAGUUUGCACAUACAACAGCAACAAAUGCCAUUUAUCAUUCAGAGGCAAUGCAAAAAAUGGUUCCAGUUGUAACAACUGGAAAUACACAUUUAAUAGCGAAAGCAAACAUGUUUCCAUAAGUGAGUAAAAAAAAACAAAAACCAGAACUUAAUUUAGCUCAGAAACGUAAUCAGUUCAUCAACCAGUGGAAAUGCAACAAGCAACAAAUAUUCAGAAGAGUUUUAAAAGAACUGUUAAUAAUUGACAAUACUGAACAGGAAUGUUUUUUCCAUCGACAUUUAACAUGAAAUCUCAUCCCUGAAAUGACAUAUAGACCUUUCUAUACUCAGCAGCCACUUUAUUAGGUACACCUGUUCAUUAACAUGUACCUAAUCAGCUAAUCACAUGGCAGCAACCCAGUGCAUUAAGGCAUGUAGACAUGGUCAGGAAGACUUGCUUAAGUUCAAACCGAGCAUCAGAAUGGGGAAGAAUGAUGAUUUGAGUGACUUCGAACGUGGCAUGGUUGUUGAUGCCAGACAGGUGGGUCCGAGUAUCUCAUAAAAUUUACUGGGAUAGAAAGGCAACAGUAAUUCAAAUAAUGGCAUGUUACAACCGAACACACAACAUGUCAAACCUUGAAGCAGAAGAGCUACAGCAGCAGAAGACUACACCGAAUGCAAUUCCUGUCCGCUAAGAAGAGGCAAAUGAGGCUACAAUUUGCAAGGGCUCACCAAAGUUGGUCAAUAAAAAAAAAAAAGGAAAUAUUUGG